ACUUAUAAUUUGUAUUCAAAAAUGUGUGUACAACAUUUUUAGACCCUAAAUCAAGAAAUUUCAAAAAUUAUUCAAAAAUUUAAUCCGCCAAAAACGAGAUGAGCCGAACCAGGAACUGGUCUCGGGCUAAGCCUCACCUUCCCAGGGAUAACUUAAAGACGGAGGCGGGCAUAAGGGCCACCAAAUUUCCAGCAAUAAUUGAUCCGGAGUGUGGCCCCGUUUCAAUGGCGAUGAUCAUAAGCUGGGAGUAUGCUAGGAUUUGGCUGCGUGAACGCGAUGCGAAUGUAGCGCAACACGAGCAGGCGGCCAAACCCAAGACUGUGAAUAAUGACUUCGAGUGGUGGCUGAAGCUUCACAAGACCAACAAGCGGUUCUGCAAAAUUAAAUGAAGAUCGUAGCUCGAAAAAUUUCCGAACAAUUUAGUAAACAAAAAAGGCAAAAUUCAAAUGGUACACAGCAAAAAUAAAACCAACUAAACUACUGGAAAAAUGAUUACAAAA